AUGGCCAGGCUCAUCCUCUUCUUGCUCGUCCUUGCUCUGGCCGCCAGCUACAGCAGGCACGGGGGAGCAGCAUUCGCCGCCGGCUGGGACGACGACGACCUCCCGCAGCGGCAGAAGGCCAUGAAGGAGGCCCUCGGGGUGAUGUCCAGCUACAAGCACGAACGCGACCCCGCCGAGCCCGUCCAGCGGGCGAUGGCGUUCAUGAACGCCGAGCUCGAGCACCUGCGGCCCAUCGCCAAGGCCGUCCACAACAUGCCCGAGAACACCCCCGCCGAGAUCCGCGCCAAGGAGGAGGCCCGCGCCGCCUCCCACGAGCUGCUCACUCGCCACCUUAGCAAGCUCCUCCCCGGCGGCUCCGUCAAGAUCACCGACGAUCUUACCGCUUCAAAGACAAAAAAAAAAAGUAUCGCUCCGGCGGCUGCGAGUGUUCUCAUCCCCGCCGCCGCCGGCAUUGCCGACGCCGAGGUCGCCAACACGAUCCCCGCGACCACCGACGCGGAGAUGGAGGAGGCAGAGAUCGCCGACAACGACGACUCAGCCGGCGCCGCGCACGGGCAGGCUAGCGGCCAAACGCUCAAGCACGGCUGGGCCUUCUGGCUCGUCAGCCCGCAGGUGGGGGCCAGGAGGCAGGUCGCCUCGGAGAGGACCGUCUACACCUUCUCCACCGUCGACGAAUUCUGGAGCCUUUACAACAGUAUCCUUCACCCCAGCAAAUUGGGUGUGGGAGCUGACCUGUACUGCCUCAAGGAUAAGAUUGAGCCGAAAUUGGGAGACCCCAUUUGUGCAAAUGGAGGUAAAUGGACCAUCAGUUGCGGCAAAGGGAAAUCUGACACAUUGUGGGUGCAUACAUUACUGCCAUUGAUUGGUGGACGAUUCGAAUAUGGGGAUGAAAUUUGUGGAGCAGUCCUCAGCGUGCGUCGGACACAGGAGAUGAUAGCUGUAUGGACUAAAGAUUCUGCUAAUGAACCUGCUCAGAAAAUCAUCAGCAAUCAGUGGAAGGAAUUCAUGGAUUACAAGGACUCUAUUGAGUUUAUUGUUCAUGAUAGUGGAGCGCCGGUACAAUGCUGGUCUACCAAGUUUCCCCAGGAUCUCUUUGGUAUCAUCUACGACAGGGUGCCGGAUCCGCGCAGCCGUGUGCGUUUUGCUGCUGUCUGCAGGUCGUGGUUUGCUACAGCUUCACAGCAUCCCGCGCCGCCCGCACUCCCGUGGAUGCUCCUCUUGCCACGUGAUGGCGACAAGAUGAAGCGCCUUUACUGUCAUGAGGAAAACCAGAUCCUGCGUGUCCUGGCCCUGAGAGGUUUCAAAGACCACUGGUUCAUUGGCUGUCACGAAGGUGGCUGGGUUGCCACAUAUGAUCCGGGCCCUUUCAAAAUCGUUAACCUCUUCUCAGGCUUUGAGGUGGCGCUCUCCGAGAAGCAGAAGUGGAUUCCCCGCUCUGGUCGCCUUUGCAAAACGAUGAUUUGGAAUAUCAUCUUCUCCAAACCACCCACUUCGAGCGACUGCAUCCUCGCCGCCAUCACGGAUGUUUCUCCUCUUGCGCUCUGUAGGGUUGGCUGUCCAGAUGGUGGGUGGACGACACAAGAACGACGAUACAGUGUCGGGCUUGCGGAUAUCACCUUCUGGAAUGGUGAGCUCUAUGGCCUCACGCGAGAGUUCUUUGAACUUGUCAAGUUGGAGAUCGGUAUAAACAAAGAUGGCGCGCCAGUGGUCACGAGUGUCAAUCGGCCAGUGGUCACCACGGAACACCAGGCGCGUCCUGCCUGGUACAUCGAUGUGGAUGUCAGCUACAUUUUUGAACUGAAUGGCAAGCUUGGGAUGGCUGUGAAGUUUCCGUGGUCACCCAACUUCAGACCUUACUUCAAGGUGUUUAACCUCGUUCACACCAACGCUGGCGAGAGGAUGGCAGGCACGUUCAAAUGGGAGGAGGUGACAAGCUUGGGUGACUUUGCCCUAUUUUUGGGUCCAAAUUGCUCCAGGGCUGUGCACGUGCCGGAGCACAGGCAUGGCGGCGUGCAGAGAAACCGCAUCUACUACAUCCACCGUAGUUGCUUAGGGAGGAACGUGGUCCCAGAGGAUGACCUGGUGUUCUUGGCAAUCUCGAACAACGAUGGCGACCCUGUGUACUUCAAGGAAGAUGACCAUGAUGGCGUGGAUAUGAUCAGGGCGGUAGGAUACUACGCGAGGAGAGGCCCUUAUCCUCCCAUGUGGCUUCUCCCUCCAUAUUUUUAGAAUGCGCGCUAUCUCUGUUCCUUUUUGUUUCUGAGUAAGAACAAUUUUUUUGGAUUACUGGUAGUGUUUAAGCUAUUCAGGAUUUCAGACUGAAGAUGGUGUAUGGUUCCUGUCUGCUUCUGUACUUACCUUUUUCUGAUUUUAUUUAUCGUGA